AUGGCCGACCAACCCAAAGACACCUCAGCGCCCACCGACCCCACCAUCACCACUUCAACCUCAGCAGCAGCACCUCCACCUCCCCCAGCAGAAGGCGCCGAACCCUCCAAAAAAGGCGCCAAAAAAGCCGAAGCCAAAGCCAAAAAAGAAGCGGAAAAAGCACGCAAGGCCGCCGAGCGCGAAGCCCUCGCCGCAGCGACAUCAGCCGCCUCGUCCAUCGACCACGCAAAGGACAACUACGGCCACAUCACGCACACCACUAAGCUCGCCUCCCCGAUCGUACAUCUCCGCGACCUUGGGGAAGAUGAUGUCGGUAAGACUGUGAGGGUCAGAGCCUGGAUCCAGAAUGCGAGGAUGCAGGGUGCGAAGAUGGCGUUUGUGGAGUUGAGGGAGGAGGGGAGCUGGACGGUGCAGGGGGUUGUGGCUGCUACUGCGGAGGAGAAGAAGAAGGAUGGUGAUGGAGAGGAGGGUAAGGAAGGUGGGAGUGAGGGGGUGGUGAGUAAGCAGAUGGUUAAGUGGAUUGGGGGGUUGAAGUUGGAGAGUUUUGUGGUGGUGGAGGCGAGUGUGCAGAAGCCGCUUGAGCCGGUUAAGAGCUGUAGGGUUAGUGGGUUGGAGUUGCAUUUGACGAAGGUGUUUUUGGUGGCUGCGGCGCCGGAGAUGUUGGGUUUGGGGUUGGGGCCUGCGAGUAGAGCUGUGGGGAGGCUGGAUGAGGAGGAGGUUAUUGAGGAGAAAGUUGAGGGUCUCACCAUCACAGAAGGCACACCCCUUGCCAGUUUGGCUACCCAUCUCAACAACCCAGCUAUGCACAAGCGCGCACCAGUCAGCCAAGCAAUCGCUGAUAUCCGUAUCGCGGUCGAAGAUCUCUUCUGUGAAUACCUCAAGCAGAAUCGUUUCAAGAAGUUCCAUCCUCCGUCGCUCAUUGGUGCUGCUUCUGAGGGAGGAGCCAAUGUCUUCAGAAUGCCAUAUUUUGAGAAGGAGGCAUACCUUGCUCAGUCGCCUCAAUUCUAUAAGCAAUUUGAGAUUGCGGGUGGUAGAAAGCGAGUUUAUUGCGUGGGACCAGUUUUCAGAGCAGAGAAUUCCAAUACGCCUAGACAUAUGACUGAGUUCAUCGGGCUCGAUCUGGAAAUGGAAAUCGAAGAACACUACCACGAAGUCCUCCACAUGCUCGAAGGUGUCCUCCUCUACAUCUUCAAAGGCCUCAGCACCUCCUACCGCGAAGAAAUAGAACUCAUCCGCACCGUCUAUCCCUCCGAAGAAUUCCUUCUUCCCGAACCAGGAAAAGAAGUCCGCCUCACCUUCGCCGAAGGUCAAGCCCUCCUACGCUCUGAGGGUCCUCCUGAAUUCGUCAACGUCUCAGACACUGAAGAUAUGUCCACCCCGCAAGAAAAAGCCCUCGGCGCUCUCGUCCGCAAGAAAUUCAAUACUGAUUUCUACGUCUUGGAUAAAUUCCCGAUCGAUGCCAGACCGUUCUAUGCUAUGCCCGACCCCGAAAACCCAGCUGUGACGAAUGCGUAUGAUUUCAUGAUGCGUGGACAGGAGAUUCUGAGUGGUGGGCAGAGAUUGCAUUUGCCGCAUGAGUUGGAGAAGACGAUUAGAGCGAAGGGUCUGGAUCCGAAUCAGCCGGGGAUUAAGGAGUAUGUCGAUGUGUUUAGGAGUGUGGGUGUGCCGCCUCAUGGUGGUGGUGGGAUUGGUCUUGAUCGGGUGGUUGCGUGGUAUCUGAAUUUGCCGAGUGUGCAUUUGGUGUGUGAUUAUCCCAGGACGCCGAAGAGGUUGAGUCCUUAG